CCUUUACAAUCAUCCUCAAAAUGUUUUCGCUGGGCCAUAUACGGCAUCGAAUACCCCAUCUGUCUCGAGGGUAUGCUAUGUCUUUGCAGCCAGGACGGCCACUGCCAGGUCAGACAGCUCCCCGCGUCUUUUCGGGAAGAAAAGGCUUCCAGUACAACAAUUACAUGCAAAUCCUCAAAACGACUCAUACCUCUCCUCUCAUCUUCCUCAGUCGCGAAGAUUUUUCCGCAGAACGGCUGAAAAAGCUACGCAUUGACCUCCUGGUUGCCUCCAGUCGAGUACCACCACCGAAAGACUCCCAGCCCAUCCCUAGUCCCACUUUGACUGUUAUUCACAGUGGUGUUUUUGGUGCCGCUCUACGCGAUUUCCCUGGUAUUAACAUCGCGGAAGCCGAGAAAAUGAUAGAGGGUGUUACUGGGGGAUAUGCCAUUCUUUCGAUUCCCAUGUUCCAUCCGCCAUAUCUUAGCGCUAUUCUACGCGCUCUUGACCGGAGCGUUCCGCCGCGGCCCAAAAAGACAGAAGAGGAGAUUGCGAAGCAGUUGGCAGCGAAGAAUGCUGAUCCUGCGACACCAGGAAGGAGGAUGAAGCGACAGCGGGCAGUACUGGUGCCGGAGAUGAAUGUCCUGGGAGCUCUCAUUGAGGGGAAGAUUCUCCUUCCGCCGACAGUGAAGGAUGUCGCCAAUUUGCCAACAUUGGACACGCUCAGAUCGCAGAUAGUGGGCUUGUUGAGUACACCAGCGACUCAACUGGCGGCAGUGUUGGGUGAAGCGAGUGGUGGUAGACUGGCAAGGACAUUGGAGGGAUACAGGCAGGCGCUAGAAAAAGCAGAAUCAUUGGAUGAUGCUUCAUCAUGA